CGUUGAGGGCCCAACCCCUCGCUACCUGCGUCCCCAGAGUCUCUGCUGUGAACAUGGCGAGCCUCCUCUUCUUCUUCUCGGCCGUGCUGGCUGCGUUGUCCGGUGGGCUGUGUGAGGAGGAGAAGGUGUUUCUGCAGCGAGCCGGCGCCUCAUUCAGCGGCAGAGAGUACAGAUCUCUGCUCACCGUGAGCAACGGGGAGCAGUUCGGUACCUGGACCUGGCCCGAGAUGUGUCCCGACCGCUUCUUUGCUGUUGGCUUCAGUCUCAGGGUGGAGUCGAACCAGUACGGGGCGGACGACACCGCUCUGAACGGGAUCCGCCUCAUCUGUGCCAAACAAGAGGACCGGAGCUUCCUGUACUCGGUUGAAUCCCACGCGGGCUACUUCGGUGAUUGGUCCCAGCCUCAGUACUGCCCCAGCGGCGUGCUCACCUCCUUCCAGCUGCGCGUGGAGCCCCACCAGGGUCUGCUCGGGGACGACACGGCCGCCAACAACAUCAAGUUCCGCUGCAGCAGCAACCCGACGCUGGAGGGGCACGCCGCCGACUGGGGGGAGUACGGCUUCUGGAGCCAGGAGUGCAGCGACGGAGGAAUCUGCGGCAUCGAGACCAAGAUGGAGGAGUACCAGUACGGCGUGGACGACUCCAGCCUCAAUGACGUGCGCUUCCAUUGCUGUGCCAGGCCCCAGCAGUAAUCGGCUGGUGAACAUCCAUCUGGUCUCCACGGGCCUCCAAGUAGACAAACAAUAAAAAGCUCCUUUCAACUG